AUAUUUAUUUCUUUUUCCCAACGUGGUCUGGACAUCUUAGUGCGCUGCAGAUUUGUCGGUCAACACAAAUCUAAAUAACUCCGUGAUCUAAACCGUAACUGCAGUUUAGUCGUGCUAUUUACCACUACCGUUCCGAGCCCGUACACAAAAUGACUGAUAAAAUGGAUGAGUCGGCCGAGAAUAUCAACACCGAAAUAUUUCUACCCGCAUCCACUCAAAACAAAAACAAAUCCAAGAAACGAUCAAUCGACGAAGAUGACAAAAUGAUUGUUGACAGCGAUACUGGCAUCGAGGGUGCGACUAAGAAAAAUGCACCGAAAACAAAGCGAAAGAAAUUCUCCAACGCCGAGUUUCGUAAGAUUCCAGUGCCAGCCCACAGAUACUCUGCGCUGAAGGAGAAUUGGCUCAAAAUAUUCAGUCCCAUCGUCGAGCAUCUACAACUGCAAGUCCGUUUCAACAUGAAAAUCAACCAAGUGGAAAUUCGCAUAGCCCCCGAAACGCCGGAUGUUUCGAAUCUACAAAAAGCGGCUGAUUUCGUUCGCGCCUUCAUCUACGGCUUUGAUGUGGAAGAUGCGUUGUCGUUGCUACGAUUGGAAGAUUUGUUCAUCGAAACGUUCGAAAUCAAGGACGUGAAAACACUGAAGGGAGACCAUCAAAGUCGUGCAAUUGGUCGAUUGGCUGGCAAGGGAGGUCGUACCAAGUUUACCAUUGAAAAUGUGACCAAAACUCGUAUCGUCAUCGCCGAUUCUAGAAUUCACAUAUUGGGUAGCUACCAGAAUAUUCAGCUGGCCCGUCGGGCAAUUUGUAAUUUAAUUCUCGGUUCGCCUCCAAGUAAAGUGUACGGAAAUUUGAGAUCGGUAGCCAGCCGAAUAUCAGAACGGCUUUGAAUAAAUAUAUUUUUUCAGUUAAUUAGAUUACAAA